CCUCCCCCUCGCUCUCCCCGCCUCCUCCUCGCUCUCCCCGCCUCUCACGAGCCAGCAGCGACUGCCUGAGCGGAGCGCGCUCAUUGCGACGUUCGGCGCCCCAUUCAACGCCCACUUCUGUUACAGCCCUUGCAGAUCCGGUGGGUGGAAAUUACACAUUCCUAUGGCGAGCCCGGAGAGUCCGCGGCCAGCAACAGCGAUUUCGACGACUUCUUCCCGCACGGCCGUGGAUUUAUAAUUCAUCGACACCAAGACCAUCACCGCCCCACCACGCAAGGCGAAGGGAUUUUAACGUCAAAUGAUGAUGGAGAUGAAAAGGUUGGGACCGUGGUCGACGAUGGGGAUGGUGAUGGUGGCGACGACGAUGAUGAUGAUGGUGAUCCCGUCGCUGGCGACUCGGACACGCGACACGUGCAGCGGGAAUUGCUCGCAACAGGGUCUCGCCUGCACUGUGGUCAAAGGCUGCGAGUCUCUUCUGGGAGGCGACUUUCUGCCCUCGGGCCCACAGAAUCUGCGCUUUGCCACCGUGCCCUCGGCCAACGGGACGGCGUUGGUGCUGAGGGUCGCGUGGAGCCUGCCCGUGGAUGCGAGUGUGCGCAGCGUGACGGGGUUCUGCGUGAAGGUGAAGAUCCGCGACCGGCACGAGGAGGUCUCCCUGCGCUUCCCGAGACCCCCCGCGGAGCAGCGCGACCCGCAGGGGCGGCCGUGGAGCUUCACGUACUCGUGUUUCUCCGUGAGGCCCGGGGACUUUGUGUACGCGAGAGUCCACAGCCAGCCGUACGUGGAGAGCGCCAGCGCCAACUACACCGUGCCAGUUUGUACUGACCCGAAACUUAGGAAGUUACCAGUCUGCAAUAAGUGGACGGCACUCGUCAGCCUGGCCGUCAACGCGUCACCGGGACGCUUGCUGGUGUCCUACCAAAGCUUGGACCCUCGCCCGGAAUACAACGUGCGGCUGUGCCACCUCACGUUCGCCAACUGUGCCGACUUGGCACCCAUUCGGACCCUGACAGGGAGCAGCAAUUCGAGCGAGUUCAUCAUAGAGCAAGCCAUGCCCUGCCUCUGCGUCGAGGUCUACGCUACCAAGGAGAGCUCGUUGCGAGUCCGGAAAUGUCCCUUUGAGAAUGUCACGGCGGAGUGGGGGGCGUUGCGUCUGAGCCGGGCGCCGGGCGGCGUGAUUCUGCGCGCCGACGGGCUGCUGCGCAGGUGCAUGUACGAGGUGCGCGCCACGUUGCUGGUGCGACGGGGAGGGCGCGACACGGCCAUGGACAGCGCCACCUUCAAGGAACUGGAGAGCGGCUCCAUCACCCACGAGUUCCCGCUGAACCCCGGAGUCGGGGACCAGGGGGAGAUAUGCGUCAUGCUCGAGGCGGACAAAUUCUACGCGCCAAGCGAAGUCGUGUGCGUGCCGCGCUGGCGUUGGGUUCCGCUGCUGGCGCUGGGUGCGGUCGUGCUCGUGGGCGCCCUGCUCACCGCACUGGGAGCCUCGCUGGGCCACGCACGAGGACGAUUUUUUGGAGGCGCCAAAGAAAGCCGAAUGGUGCUGCUGCUCCACGCCCACGAGGACGGCGCCGAGCGCCCGCCAUCCUCGCCGCUGGCGCUCGUCGCGGUGCUGGCGACGUUCCUGCGCCGUCGCUGCGGCGCCGACGUGGUGCUCGACGCGUGGGAGAAGCGGGAGGUGGCGCGCCUCGGCCCGGGGCCCUGGCUCGCCGGGCGGCUCGAGCGGUGCCGGCUGAGCGGCGGCGCCGUCGUGGUGCUGGCGUCCGGCGCCGCGCGGCGCCGCUGGGACGAGAUGCGCGGCCUGCGUCUUCCCCCGGUCGGCCGCGGCGGCGCCGGCGAUCCGGCGGGCUCGGACGACGCCGGCGGCGCCACCGAGCUGGGCGACCUCUUCACGCCGGCGCUGCGGUUGCUGUGCGAGCAGGACGCGGCGUGGCGGAGCGCGAACGUCAUGGUGGCGGUGUGCGUCGACGGCGCGGACGUGCCCUCGUGCCUGCGCUCGGCGCGGAUCUUCCGUCUGCCCGGCGACCUCGGGAAGCUGAGCGCGGCGAUCGGGGGCGCCGGAUCGGUCCGGGACGGCGCUGGCGGCGGCGGCGGGCGGCGCUUGCGGGAGACACCGGAGGGCGCGGCGCUUUUGGCCGAGAUCUCCAAAGCGCGUGAGCGGGCGAGCGGACGAGGCGGAGGGACGACUCCGCCGCUCGCCACGGACGCAGCCGUCGAGAAGUCCGCGCCGGGCGCGGAUUUCCCCGGGACGGCGAUCACGGAGACGAAGCUGCAGAUGUGGCCGUUCUUGCCGGAUCCGGGCGGCGGCGAUGGAGAAACGGACAGCGCCUACAGCAGCCUUGAGCCGGCCGCGCUGGAGGUGGGCGGAUUCAGGCUGACCCGGGCUGAGCUCCUGCAGCUCGUCCAGCAGCGGAGCGAGAAAGGACGCGGUGGCCCCUGCCCCACGUGACGCAGAAAAACCGGGACUGAGUGAGCAGCGGCCGCCUUUGGCGGCCACCGCCCCCCCCCCCCCCCCAGGAAAGUCUGGCCACCGACGCAGCCGCGCCCCGCGCCAGCAUGAGCCGUCGAGCAAACGGUCCGAACGGAACGGGUCGGGCUGGUACCUUCUUGGAACCGUCAACUCUGCUAGGGAAUCACCAGCAGACUGGUGAAGCGUCCAAAAGCGUGGAAGUGGGCCCCCUCCUGCGGUGACUUUGACGUCACGCGGGCAAAACGCUUGGCACCGGGCUGCCUCGGCCGGCGAUUGACGGCAGCCUCCUCCCUCCUCCUCCUCUCUCCUCCCUCCUCCUCCUUCCCGCCUCCCUCCUCCCGCCUCCCUGCGACCGAUGCUUAUUUUGGAAGUUUAUUGAGGUUUGAAGCUAUGCUUUAGUAGCUUGCCAGUGAAGUUGAAACACAGACAUACCUCAACACCAAGAGACACCACUACCUCUUUUUUUCUUUCCCACUGCACAACCAAACCGUGCCGUGGGCUGUGCCAAGCCAGAAUCCGAAUAUUUAUUUAUACUGGUUGUUUUUUUUUGUUUCACUCCCAAAGCCGAGCCGUUCCCCUGACGUCACGCGCGAUGAACUCUGAACUCGUCGUUAGCCCCGCCCCCUGGCUCUGCUUGGCCCCCUCCCCUCCUCCCAGCAAGAUUCAAGACGUCUGCCUUGUGGGUCUUGGCUCGGCUCGGUUGUGCCGGUGGAAAAGUGCUUCAGGAUAAUUACAGCAUUGCCGUUAUCAACACUGGACAAUAAUUAUUACGGGAGUUAUUAUCACGGGAAUCAACUCGGGGGGGUGGUGGAGUGAGAGGGGUGGGGGGUGCCCCAGUGUAUAGCCGUUAACCGUUAACAAACUCCCCCGUUGUUGUCUCCGCGUGUAAGACCACGCGGAGCCUGUUUACAGGCCGAAAUGUUACCGUGUAUUGAUUUAUUGCGUAGCAUAUCACGGGCUGGCUUACGUACGGUGCGAAAGAAGUUCUACAAGAAGAAGAGAGAGGGUUUUCUCAUUUAUUUUAACUAAUGUUCAAACAGACUUCCAUAAACACGAAUGCAUGAUUUAUCUUUUAAAACUGAUUGAUAACUUUUAUUAUAUAUAUUAAACAUUACAGGUGUGUGAUCUGUGAACAUUUAUCAAUUGUGUUUUAUCCCAAUGCAUUCAGGGUUCUUGGUCGAGUUAAGUAAAUGUCGUCUGAGAAGUAAGAAAAAACAUAUAACAAUUAAUAAUGAUAAUCAAUCAAUAAAAAUAAUGUACAGAAUAAAGAAUAAAAAAACGUGCGUUUUUUUUUUUAA